AUGAUGAAUACAACAACAUCAACUAAUAUUACUCAUAUUUCUUCAUUUCAUUUCGAAUAUUAUAUAAUCACAUGGAUUAGUACAUUAAUUGGUACAAUAUUUUCAUUCUUAUGUUUACUACGUUAUUUUCGUUAUAAUUAUCAACGAACACAGUUAACAUAUGUCUAUUAUUUUUCAAUUGGAUUCUCUUUAGUUUUAUCUCUAAUAAGUACACCAUUAUAUACGUUAACGGACUAUUUUUCAUCGAUACUACCAAUAAUGUCUGAGCAUCGAUUUCGUUUAUUAUAUAAUUUUAAUUUAAUAGCUUUUUUUGUUGCAUCAGCUGGUAUUGGUUACUCAAUAGCAUAUGCAAGUAUAGAACGAACAUUUUUUAUAUUUUAUUCUCAAAAUAUACGACUAGCAUGGAUAAGACAAUUUACACCAUUUUUAAUUAUAUUUUCUUCAUGUUGUGUAAUAAUAACUUUAUUUAUUCUUUUAUCAAAAUGCCAUUUAGAUGUUUCAUUAUGUUUAUUAGGUUAUUUCGAAUCAUUAAAACUUCAAUUAAUAUGGUUUUUUUUACAAUUUUUAAUUCCAUUUAUAUUUAUGUUAAUAUCUAUUUUAUUUCUUAUUUAUCAUAUUGAAAUUCAUACAAAUCGUAUACGAAUGUCAUUAAAUCGAAAGCGUUCAAAAAAUAAAUUUCAACGUAUUCUUAUUCAUUUAAAUAUAUAUAAUACAUUUUAUAUAUUAUCAAUAUGUCCAAUUAAUAUAUAUUCAUUUAUACGAAUAUAUAUGAAUACAAAACAUCGAUUAAUUGAAACAAUUUUAAUUAAUUAUCUAUUUAUAACACUUCAUUGUUAUCCUAUAUUAAUAUUUCUACUUACACAAGUUAAACAACAACAACAACAACAACAACAAUAUCGAGUUAAAUUUUAUCAAGAACAAAAACAAUCUCCUUAUAUUAUAAUAACUCAUCCUUCAAUUGAAUUAGAUGAAUAUCAGCGAACUCGAUUAUAG